AUGAGAUCUAUUGUUCUUCUCGUAUUAUUAAUCUAUUUCGUAGAUACCAUAAACGGAUCUCAUUUUCUCGGUGGUACCAUUACAUGGCGUCCAAGAAAUGCAUCAGCUACAGGAACAUCUGUAGAUAUUAUUAUUACUCAAACUUAUUCAUGGACAUAUUCAUUAGUAACAUGCACUACUGCCAUGAUUACUAGCAAUCAAUUGAUUCCUAUCGGAGGUUAUUCGUAUCUUACAUAUCAAGUACUCAACUGUAUCAGUAACUGUGGUGCUAGUUCAACUGGCUAUGUGGCACCCAGUAUUAGACCUUACUGUAUGGACAUUUCAGCACCUGUCGGGACCACUAUUAGUCAACGUUCAGACAUUGUUACUUUGCAAGAAGAUGACGAUUUUUCAGCUGCUUUUCAGCAAUUUGCCUGGCGUCCACUAGCAACAACGAGCAGUGCCACUUGGUCCAUCUCUGUACGCAUCAAUGUCAAUCGAAGAUCUAACAAUGGCUCAUAUAACAAUGCUCCAGUGGCUACAAUGAUGUCUCCCAUCCUAAUUCCUGUCAAUCAAACAACAGUCAUUAAUGUACCUGUAGUUGAUGAUGACGGAGACAUAAUUCGCUGUCGAUGGUCUACCACAGCCAAUGGAGUAGAUGAAUGUGGUGGUGUGUGUCCACCAGGUUCAUUACCAUCAAACACUAUAAUCUAUCCUAAUUGUACCAUUCUGAUAAUAGGUCAAAUUGUUGGCAACUGGUUUGCUGUAGCACUGAUGGUCGAAGAUUUCAUCAAUUCAACAAGCACAACUUCUCUUAGUUCGGUGCCUGUUCAAUUUCUUGUGCAAGUAGUACAAGAAUCGUCAUGUCCUAAUCCACCUACAAUUAUUGGAACACCUUCUGAACAGUCAUGUAUAGCAGUCGUAACUGGUCAAAUAUUCACAUCACAGCUAAUUGCUAUAAACAGUUGCAAUUCAAAUGUGACUAUUAUUGAUAUUACCAUACUAGCUUUUCUUGGAAUGAUACGAGGAAACAUCACUCAGCUAAACACAACUGCCUAUUAUGUUGAUCUCUCAUGGACACCAACCGUCUCUCAACUUGGCUAUCAACUUAUGUGUGCAAUGGCUUUCAAUAGCCAAAAUGUACAAUCAUCUCAAUAUUGCUUCAAGUUCUAUGUCACACAAACUAGUGUAUGUGGAUGUCCUGAUAGUGUACUGCGUGAUUGCUUUUUUUGA